GCUGUCUGCCUGGUAACAGGUGACGCUGCAGGUCAUGUGAUCAUGUCCUCUGGUUUUUAGAGCAGCUCUCAGUCAGACUGUGUCAGUGUUGGUGAAGUGAACAGAGGAACAUGGCUUCAUCCUUUCUCAGCUUCUCCCUCCUCUUCAUCGCUGUCUGCUCAGCAGAUGGAUUUAGGGAAUAUUCAGUGGACCGUUGUGUGUUUAACUCCACUGAUCUGAGCGGCAUCGAGUACAUCUACUCUACUUAUUACAACAAAAUAGAGGACGUCAGGUUCAGCAGCAGUGUGGGGAAGUUUGUUGGAUACACUGAGCCUGGUCUGAAGUAUGCUGAGGACUGGAACAGUGACCCUUCAUACCUGGCUCAGAUGAGAGCUCAGAAGGAGACAUACUGCCUUAACAACGUUGGAAUUGACUACCAGGUUGUUCUGUCUAAGUCAGUCAAACCCUCUGUGGUAAUGAGCUCCACGACGCCCCCUGCUGGUAAACAUCCUGCCAUGUUGGUCUGCAGCGUCUACGACUUCUACCCCAAACAGAUCAGAGUGAGCUGGACCAGAGACGGACAGGAAGUCACCUCUGAUGUCACUUCCACUGAGGAGCUGGCAGAUGCUGACUGGUACUACCAGGUCCACUCUCACCUGGAGUACACUCCCAGGUCUGGAGAGAAGAUCUCCUGUGUGGUGGAGCACGCCAGCCUGAAAGAACCUCUGGUUACUGACUGGGAUCCGUCCAUGCCUGAGUCAGAGAGGAACAAGAUCGCCAUCGGAGCCUCAGGACUGAUCCUGGGUCUGAUCUUAUCUCUGGCUGGAUUCAUCUACUACAGGAGGAAGGCCCGAGGACGGAUCCUGGUUCCCACCAACUGAGGCAGGAUCUGAUCCUGGAGCUGGACCUGAUCUUGGACCAAUUUGUCAGGUGGAAGAAAAAUCAGCUGCUGCUUCUCCUGCUUCCUGUUCAACAGACUCUCAGUGCUGCCACCUGCUGGACCGGCUGAACACCUGAUCCUCAGCUGGUCUAACCCUGAUCCAGGACUCUGAUCCUCAGCUGGUCUAACCCUGAUCCAGGACACACCAAAUGUGUGAGACAUUCAGGUUCAGUCAGAAACCAUCAUCAGGACUGUGGUGUUUCCUGUGACAGUCCUGGAUCAGGUUUAAUCUGGACUCUGGAUCUGAGCUCUGCUUCACCUUCACCUCAUGUUUCUUUAGUUGAAUAUUUUACAGAAACUAACUGAAUCAUUUUCUCUGCUUUAACAUCAUGUAAUCACUGGGUUUAAAUGUUCAGGCUUUUUCACUGAGAUUGAUUUGUUUAUUUGUUUCUGCUGAAGAUGAAUAUUUUAACAACAAUAAACAGAAAACUCAACUGUG